CAGCCGAGCCGCCGCCGCCGCGCCCCCAUGGCGGCCGCCGAGGACAGUCACGAGGACCAUGAUACUUCCACGGAGAAUGCAGAUGAAUCCAACCAUGACCCCCAGUUUGAGCCAAUAGUUUCUCUUCCUGAGCAAGAAAUUAAAACGUUGGAGGAAGACGAAGAGGAACUUUUUAAAAUGCGGGCAAAACUAUUCCGAUUUGCUUCAGAGAAUGACCUCCCAGAAUGGAAGGAGCGAGGCACUGGUGACGUCAAGCUUCUGAAGCAUAAGGAGAAAGGGACCAUCCGCCUUCUCAUGAGGAGGGACAAGACCUUGAAGAUAUGCGCCAACCACUAUAUCACACCAGUGAUGGACCUGAAACCGAAUGCUGGCAGUGACCGCGCCUGGGUCUGGAACACCCGUGCUGACUUCGCUGAUGAGCCUGAGCUGCUCGCCAUCCGCUUCCUAAAUGCCGAGAAUGCACAGAAGUUCAAAACAAAGUUUGAAGAAUGCAGGAAAGAAAUAGAAGAAAGAGAAAAAAAAGGACCUGGCAAAAAUGACAGUGCUGAAAAUGUCGCUGAAAAGCUGGAAGCUCUUUCUGUGGAGGAGGCUGGGGGCAAGGCUGAAGAGAAAUCUGAGGAGAAACAAUGAGUGAUAGUCUCCUAUUACUUUCUUUUUCUUUUUUAAUUUUGCCCUGUCUUUCCUUUUUUAUUUUGUUUCUAUUCUGUUUUGUUUUUACAAGGGACUUUAUAUAAAGAACUGAAUUCCAA